UGCCGGCUGUGGCCCGCGUUGCCGGGAGAACGUCAGGACUUACAACAGCAAAAUGGGCCUCUCCCAGACGUCCCUCCCCCUCUUCCUCCUCCCAGAUCACAAAACAAAGGGCACCCCUUCCUGGUGGAUGUGGGGGGCAGCAGGUCUCGGGUGUCCCAUCCAGAACUUCACAGGGUCCCCUGAGGGCCCCGUGGCGGAGUCGGCGCCGCCGAGUUCCGCGGAUUCCGCCCGCAGUCUUCAGGAGGCUGGUUGAACAGAGAACAAGACCACAGGGGAGGAAUGAGAGGCUCCUAAAGGUGGAAACUUAACUGUUGGUCAGUGUACAAGAAAGUGGACAAUGGCUCACUUCAGGAGGCUGGAUAUCACCAACCUCACUGCUUUGCCAGUGGUGCCCCUGGAUGACCACCUGGCUGUUUCCCUGAUUGCGCAGAACGCACUCAAGGACGCCACGAGGAAGACUCUGAAGGACAACAUGCCCUCGUGCCUGGUCGGCUCCAUUCAGCAGGUGAACCAGAUGAUUGCUGACAUAGAUCUGAGUCCCAGCCCGCUGGUGCAUGGCCUGGCAAUUGAGAAAUAUGAGAUGGAGAAGAAGGCUUUAAAAAGAGAGCGAAGUCGCGGCGGCUUGGCAGACAGAGAAAAGAGCGAAGGAAAAUCACAGUAUAUUUGCAAGGGCUCAGAAUUCAGGAAUGUCAAAUCUUUCGUUAUCAAAAGGAAAACAGCCGAUAAAAAUCUCCUGGCAGAGCUGUACCAGUACCCAUCCUUUGACGACUCUAGGCCAAACAAUCUUCCAAAUGGGGUGGACUUCUGUGACUUGGUGGGCAACGUGAUCCUGGCUGAGAAAAACCCCCUUAGCGGCAAGUCUUUCUGUUCAGGUAGAGAAUUAGAGAAGUUUCUCUCUUCCCCGUCUCUAAGAGCUAUAUGGCUGGAUAGCUUCUGGUGGAUCUUUCAUGAAAGGUACCAGCCAAAGAAGGACGUCCAGAGCAAGCUGUUCGACCGGAUAGCCCAGAACUAUGCUUUUCUUUUGUUUUGUGAAUCCAGGACCCACUACGAAGAGGCUCUCUUAAAAAGGUUGCCAUCGCUUCUGAGUAAAGCCCUGUACACCAGCUUCUGCUGCUGCUUCCCUCAGUCCUGGUUCAACACACACGAGUUCAAGUCCGACAUCUGUAACACGAUGAGCCUGUGGAUUUCAGGUAUAUAUCCUUGCCCACACAGCUAUAACAGCUGGGACUACUCAAAACUGGAUCCAGAGAGGUUCCGGAGAGAAGAAUUAAUGUUGCAGAGAAGAAGACUGAAGGGAAGAGGCAUGUCUUUCCUCACUGCUAGGAAGUACUCCGUCUGGAAGGCCACUCAGAACAGGAGGACCUGCUAUCAUCACUCUGGUGAUACGAAUUCAACCAAUGAGAGAGCCAGUUCUGCCCAGAAGAAUUCAGUGUAUGGCCCAAAAGAGCAUACCUAUCAUCCUCCGGUUUUGAGGAAACCCACAAAACAAGUCAGGAGGAUAUCAGAAGCAAGAGAACUUGAGAAUAUGCUUCCUAAGCAGUCUUACCCUGCCUGCAAAAGCCCUCCGCUGACUCCAAACCUCUUCAACAUUUAUGGGAAGAGUCCUCUGGUUGUGUACUUUCUCCUGAACUACUCCACCCUGCAGCAGCAUGGCCAAGACCUGUUGAUGGUCAGGAGAGAAAGAACCAAGACCAUCCCUGAGUCCACCCUGACCUACGCUGAGGUCAUCAACCUGACCCUGAGCAACAUGAAGAAGCGGAGGGAAAACUUCCAGCAGCUGAACUGGCUUCACUGGAGUGAGUGGAAUUAUUUUGACGAGUACCUGAAGGAACUGCAGGACAACUUCCUCAGGGAGGUGAAGAAUAUUGAUCAAAGAGCGAAAGACAAAAAAAAGGCAAACCACAUGUUCAUCCAGGCUUCAACCUUCCUUGAGGACACUCCUGAAAAGAAAUCUAGAAGAAGUCAUCAGAGGGAGACUGAGCUUAUGUUGAGGAAGGGAAAGGAAGAGAGGGAUGGAGAAUGGAAACAGAAUUCGACUGACUCUUCCUUCUCACCAUCAAGCACUGAUGAAGUCCCUUCCGUGUAGGAACUAGGAAGCUCCUACAAAAUUUCUGACAUUCCUGCUAGUAGAACAAAAACAGGAGGAAAAGAAACUUGUGGCCAAAGACUGAGAAAUAGAAAUAAAUAUUCCCAGGAUAGGGGAAAGAUUCCACUAUAGUUUUUCCUAGGUUGAGUGAAAAGCAGGAGUGGGGAGAUUUUUCCUUAGGUCACUACAUUUACUCAUGCAUUUACUCUUUUACCCAUUAUUUUACUUAAAAUAAAAUAUUAUAGGUUAACAAUAUUAAGUGGUGGCUCAGAUGGUAAAGAAUCCACCUGCAA